UAGUUGAUUUUCUUAUGGUUUGAGGUCAGUUUUGACCACUUGGGUAAAACAAUUUGCCCAAGAAGCAUAAAGUAGAUGUUAAAAAGGUUCUGUUUGAAAGUUUAAAGAAUUGGUUUCAUGCCCUUGUGACUAUACAGCUUAGAACUUAAUGAACUCUAUUCGAAUUCGGCCGGGUUAAAUAUUCGAAAAAGAGCGAUCAUAGAUGACAUCACAAACGAUGGCAGGAUCAACAGUUGGUCUUCUUCCCCCACCUGCGAGUCUCGUGCGGUUGUUAUGGUCGACUCCUAAACAGUACAGUUGUAUUUGUGUUUUAUUUACGUUUUACAAUGAGUGUGACUUGAGCCUGCUGAAUUUAACAUCGGGACGAAAUUAAGAUGAAAUUUCACCCAUCGUCGCCAAAUCGUUACAAAUUCCGAAUAGCGGAUUUAUUAUGGGCUGCAACAAACGCCUUUCCCUGUUGAGCAUCUGCAUUUCACAAGUGGUGGCAACAGUUUGGAGGCAGAUUUUUGACUUCCUUGGGUACAUGUGGGGUCCCAUUUUGGCCAACCUCUUCCAAAUAAUCUUCUCGAUAUUCGGGAUAUUUGGUUCUUGGCAGUACAAAUCAAGUUAUAUUGCAGCUUAUAUGCUAUGGACCUUGUUUUGGUUUGCUUGGAAUUGCUUUAUCACAUGCUACUACCUUAACAUUGGUAUCUUAAAUAAGGAUUGGGAUAUUUUGAGCUUGGGUACUGGAAGCGUGAGCUGGUGGGAGGCAAACGGCCCAGGAUGCAAGGCCUUGUUCCUCCCUAACCAAUCAAACACAGACACCCAACCAUGGCAUCCUCUCAAACCUGAUCUCAUCACUGGGUGUGCAAUCCCAUACCACCAUCUUGAGGCGGCUCAAGCUAUAAUACACGCAAUCCUUGCAAUUGUUGGCCUUUACCUAGGUUUCUCUGUAAAUAGUACAAUUAAAAAUGGGGAAGAAGCAGUGCCAUCCAAUUUUAAAAAGUCAAAUACCACGCCUCUAUUUCCCGUUGACUUGAUGCCUAGACUACCAAUUAAUAACAGUGCUGGCACUGAAUCUAGUGAAGAGCCUGACAACCGCGCGGCCGGGGCAAAACCCAUGACGCCAAGGAGAGUGAAACGGCGAAGUAUAUCGAGAGGGUCAAUGCCUCCGCAGAUGUACACUGGUACGAACGCUCCGAUGAAUUCAUUCCCGAGGAGGCACAGCCACAGCAGGUCUUCAACAAGGUCUUCAGGACGACGGCCUAGGUCUAAUCCAGUAUCAAGACUUAUUGAUCAACAAGAGUCAGCGGCAAGAAGCAUGGGCCACACGAAUCUUAUGUUCCAGCACAGCCCGGAAAACUCGUUCUCGUAUGAACCUGAACGCCCACCGUCAGCUCGGUCGAGCUACUCCAAUUAUCACGGUACCAGGGCGCAAUCGUACAGGCACAGUCACAACUUUCUUGUCUCUGGGCCUCCUGGCUACAGUUCACAGUCUGAAACUGCAAUUUGAUCUCAGAAGUUGAUACCUUAUAAAUUUUAGUUGUCCAAAUGAAUUAAACAAGUCAUUGAUGUGAUUGAAAGAAAUGAUAAGAUUUGGGUCAAUCUUAUUUAGUGAACUUAAUAUCUUCAAUACUCAUAAGUCAACCAGAAAUCUUGUAGCACACAACUCACAAACAAGAACUGGAGGAUUAAAAUAAAUUUGUUAGUUUAGUUUGUUUAAUGUUAAGAAAACUUGUCAAAGGGUGUUUUUAUGUUAUGUAUAUGGUCGCAAAGUCUAUACAAUUUUUUUUUGUACUUAAUCAAGUCGGACAAUUGCUAAAUUAAUGCAAUGAAUAGAAUGAAACAACAAGAAUAUAACUUUACAACAGGGUUAAUAUAUUUCUUAAUAUUUUUAUUUUUACUUUUAAAUUUAAUUUCACUUACAUCAGAGUAAUUUUUAUAUUAAAAAAAAAGAAAAGAAAAAAGAAUGGGAUAAAUUUAUUAAAGAUCUGUGAUGUUAUAGAGAUAAAAGAGAUUAUUUAAUGUUUUUGUAAUAAAAGUUUAAAAUCACUGCCAAUAUUUAUAUUUGACUGACCAUUGAAACAACUCCGUCCAGCUAAGUUUAAUAUAGUUAAACGGGUAAUCUAAACACAUUAUUUUAUAAUAAAUUUAUAAAUUUUUUAAAAUGUAUAGUACCCGUUCAUAAUAUCUAGACCAUUUGUAGAAAUGGUGGAAGUAUGGUUUUUAGAAUAUAUGAAUUUUUUCCAAAGUGUACAAAGUUUGUCUUUCGUUGUAAAUAUAAUUGUACAGCACAUUUAGGAAAAUAAAUAGAUCUGCUUGUAAAACCAAA